AUGGCUACUGCUCCUUUCCCUUCCCUCACCAAAGUAUGGCACGAUAGACCAUAUCCAGCCAUCUCGCCAUCACGCCCGGAGCUCUCGGGCCAGGGCAAGACUGUGGUCAUCACCGGCGGUGGUACCACCAUCGGCGCUGGCAUUGCGAAAGCUUUUGCGGCGGCCGGAAGUACCAAGAUCGCCAUCAUGAGUCGCACCGAGAGGAACCUAAUCACGACCAAGCAGGCCAUCGAAGCCGAGUUUCCCAAGACAGAGGUCCUGGUUGUAGUUGCAGACAUCACGAACAUGGCGCAGGUCAACGAAGGCUUUGACAAGAUCGACCGGGCUUUCGGCAAGGUCCACGUGUUCGUCAGCAAUGCCGCAUUCCUCCCGACACCCAGGCCCAUUCUUAGCCCCGAUCUCGACUUGCAAGACUGGUGGAAUGCGUUCAACACCAACGUCCUUGGGGUGCUACACGCUGUGAAGGGAUUUGUCAAGCAUGCAGCUGAAGACGCGUGUGUGCUCCACAUCUCUACCUGCAUCUCUCACAUCCCGCCACUGGAGAUUGGACCGUCUGCCUACGCAGCCAGCAAGGCGGCUGCGAACAAGAUGUUUGACUACAUGGCCAUGGAGAACCCCGGAAUCCAUGUGGUGAACAUCCACCCUGGUCUUGUCGACAGCGCCAUGAGUCGCAAAAGCGGCCACGGAGGCCUAGAUGACGUCAAUUUGCCUGGCCACUUCUGCGUGUGGCUAGCUAGUCCGGAAGCCGGCUUUCUGAGGGGCAAGUACGUCUGGGUGAACUGGGAUGUGGAUGAGUUGAAAGCCAGGAAGGAGGAGAUUCUGAGCACGGAGCUGCUCAAUACCACGCUUAGCGGAGUAUCUUUCGUUGGCUGGGGCGGGAUAGAUGUCUAA